AGAAGAAGAAGACUGGCCAACUUCCCUCAUGUUGGCGGAGUAGAUGUACAACACUGACAGACUUUAUGCUUUAUUUAUAUAUAUGUUUAUUUAUAUAUAUACACUUUAUAUUUACUAGACGUGUGGUUGUCAAUAUUCAGACGUGUGGCCAGUGUUUUGUUUUGUUACCAUGUUGUCGUACGAAGAGCUGAUGAGCAGUCUGCAGGACUGUGUGAUCAGCGACGAUCGGGCACCUGAACGUGUCCGACGGACACUCGGGCUCGUUUUGGACAAACUGUCUGAAUCCUCCAGGAGCGGUGUUAAGAGAUGCAAGGAGCGCUGUCUGGAGGAGGCUGCGCAGCUGCUGAGGCAGAUCUCCGAGGCUGAGCUCGGUGAUUUGGGGGAGAGCCACCACCUCCUCGUCCGACUGCUCCUCUCCAUGCAGCUGCAGAUGGUCAACAUCUCCACGGCCUGUCGCAAAGUGGACCAGAUGCUGCAACAUUUGGCAAAGGUGGAGCGCCAACUGGUUUUUAGAGAAACCCAUUGCUGUUUGCAGUCCAUGGUCCACCAUGACCAGAUAUUGUCAUUUGAGGAUCUACAGAGAGCCUGUAUGUUCCUGGAAGACAGCGCUGUUGGCCGUGAGGCGUGGCGAGAGUCAUGCCUGCCCUUGCUGAAUAAACUGUCAGAGUUAUUUCCCGUCGCAUUGCAACAAGAAUCACUCAGAGAUGGACCACAGUGUUACAUUGCUGUCAAGUUGUGCUUGCAGAUAUUUCAGCUGCUGUCCAGCGAAGUGGCUCCACUCGUGUGGGACGAGGCGCACAGCAGCUCGGCGGUGCAGAAGAUCCUGCAGGCUCUUAUGGACAUAAUACUUGGACAGUGCUGCAACAGGGACACUCGUCUUUUGGCAGGCACUGCCGUGGCCAUGCUGAUCAACACAGCAUCAGAGAGCAGAGCUGGAGGAGCUGCUGCCUGGGCUCUGCUACAGGUCUCAGACCCAGAGCCCUGGCUGCUUUCUGUUGGUGCUCUUCAGAUACAGUGCACCAGUACAGGAAGGGACGGAGUGGCGCGGCUGGCUGUGAGCAGGGGCCUCCUGACCUGCUGUCGACCUCACAUCUUGCUCAGUUCACACAUGGAUGGCACGGAAGAGUGUUUACUGUUGAAAGGUUUGUUUCCCCUGGUUUUCGCUCUGUGUGAGGAGAAGCUGGAUUGCCACUACUUUGCCUUCGAGGUGUUAACACUAUGGCUGAAGAAGGUUAAAGAAUGUCUGGCUGAUAUCUGGAAGAUGACAGGCGACUGCCUUCUGUCUGACAACAGCAGCCUUCAGCAACAGCUCAUUCACAUUAUCUGGACCAAUGCAGAAAGCCCAGUGGAAGGUGUGUCAGAAUUUGUGCGCAGUGCCACCUGUCUGCUGCUGGACAUCUAUGACAUGGACUGUGAGCAGUUCUGUGACACGAAGAAGACUCUGUAUUUUACUUUACUUCAACGAACUAUCGAACUACCUUGGGAAGCCAAAGCCAAAUAUCCUCGCCUUUGUGCCCUACUGCCAUAUCUGGGUACUGACAUGGUGCUGGAUCAAUAUGCUGAAAUACCCAGUCAUCUCCUGAAGUGCUUGUCGACCAAUCACCUCUCACCAUGUGGAUCAGAGCUUUACAAGUGUCUGGUCCAGCAGCAGAGGAAAGAGCUAUGUGAUGGUUCCCUAAAGUCUGAUUCACACACUGAGCUGGAUCUGGCCGAGCAGUGGUCAAAGCGUUGGCGGCCCGUCCUUCUCAAGGCGCUGACGUCUGACGUGACUCUUCUACAGACCAACAGCUCAACACACUUGUUACCCUGCACCUUUCAAGUCUUCCCCGCUGCCGUGGAUCAUCUGCUGGCCUCGCUGGACCUGUUCGCCCCCGGUCACCUCCACGCCUGGGCCUGCAUCAUGAGCUCCUAUCGAGCCACGACCGGAGGCUCUCCCUGGGCUCUGCAGGGAAACUCAACCCUUGAAACCCUCCAGCUAGCUCUAGGAUCUGCGGAUGACAAAGUCCGCCUCGCCGCUCUCAGCCUUCUCUGCUGCAGCCGAAAGACCAACGACACCCCGACUGCAAAGGAGAUGACAUUAAUGAGGUUCUUUAUCCCUCAGAACCUAAACUGUGAGUCCUCGUCUUUUCGCCAGCAUUUUCAGGCUGGAGUGAAGAGGUUUCUGGUUCGUGUCAGAGACGCCUGCUUGGCAUGUGUCAGAGGGCAGAAGAGCAAAAAGAAAGAAGGCCACUCAGAGGAGGCACUGGAUGUACUGCAGCAGGGAAUAGGGUUUGUGGAAUGGUUGGACCAACUUCCAUACAGCUAUCUGGCACCAGGACACAGUUAUCAGAGGAAGAAGACUGCGCUGCUGCUGCUCUCUGCAGUGCUGGAAACCUGCACAGACACAUGGAGCCCUGACAGAAGGAAGGGACAACCUCCAGCGGAUAUGGGGCCUCUCAUUGACUGCGCCAGACAAAGAGGACAGUGGGAUUUCUUCUGCAGGACAAAACAGCUGGUCCUUAUCAGCUGUUUAGAAGAUUCAACAAAUGAGAUCCGGGAGCUCUCGGCUGGGUUACUGUUGAGAUUUUUCCCACCCAGUUUUCCAGAUGAUAUCGCUGCAGUGCUGCGCAUGCGAACCAAACAGCUCCUGUGCAGCCCUCGUGUGCAAGAGGCUCAGAUGGGAGCGCUGAUGAUGAAGGUCCUCCUUCUGAAGUCACAACACUCGCCCGAAGAGAGCGAUGUCGCUGUCAGCAGUGGAAGUAACCUCAUGGCCCCCCGCAUGGUCACAUUCCUGGUGAAGGAGCUGGAGGAGCACUAUCUGACAGCGAAAGCUGAAAUGAUGCUGGCUGCCAGGACCAAGCCCAUACAUGGUGUCGUAAGUGCCUUUCAGAGGUGUUUGGUUGAGGCAGCCAGCAGCGUCCAUGACAUACUUGACCAAAGACUGACUGUCGAGGUGCUGGUUCUGCUGGAGAACAUCUCUCUACUGCUGCUGGGUGUUCUGUACGGAGACCAGGAGGCUUGUGCCACUGAAAAUGAUGCACCCCCGUCUUUUUGUGAUAUGGGAAAUGCCAUCAGCUCCCUGAUAGGCCAAACAUCUGGAGAGGAUGGAGAGGAGUGUGUCCUGCUGUCUGAGGAGCACAGCCUCGUUCUCACCUGCUGCUGGGUCUCACUCAAGGAAAUUGGAAUCUUUUUAGGUUCUCUGGUGGAGAAAAUUCUCAAUGAAUUCAAACCCAGCAAGCGCCUUCUAGAAAAAGAGGAUCUCAUCAGAGCAUCAAAAGUCUUCAAGAAUAUUCUCCUCAAAUGCCGUCACUGGGGGGCAGUAGAGGGAUGCUGUAUAGGCUUCACCAAGUUCUGUGCAGCUCUGUUGAGCAGCAAUGAUCCAGAGUUUAGGGAUAUUCCAGCCUAUAUGCUGAAACAAGGGUUGCUGGUUGUGCAGUGCCCUCGUUCUACAUCGGUGACCCGGCGGGCUGCAGGGUUGCCUAUGCUCAUCCUGUGUGUCGUGUCAGCAGAGGAGGCCAGUAAAGCAAGGCCACUGUUAGCCCACAGUAUGCAAACCUUACUGGCGACAGCCAAAAUGCCUCUGCCUGAAAACUGGGACCAAACAUUGGACUUGCCACAGGUGUGUGCUGUUCACACUCUGCAGGCCCUCGUGCGUGGCGCGGGUCUCGGAGUAGCCGUCCUUCAGUUUGCUCCUGCUGUAGCCAUGUUGUCCCUCACUCUGCUCAGUUCUCCCUGCUGGGCCAUGAGGAACGCUGCACUUCAGCUUUACAGUUCUCUGUGCUCACGAAUGCUCGGCCAGCGGCCCAGCUGUGACGAAAGUGGCCCUACCCAGCAUGGCUUGUCCCCCGCUGCCUUCUUCUUCCACUACCCUGCGCUCCAGCCCUUCCUCCUCGGAGAGCUGAGAGGGGCAGCGCUCGACCUGCAGGCUCGACCGGAUGAGGCCAGGCUACACCUCCAGCCUUCGCUCUACCCUGUCCUCACUCUGUUAGCCCAACUCCAGCCUGGUGUCCAAGACUCAACAGAAUCUCUGUCAGACUUCCAGCUUCCUUUACUCGAACUCUCUGCCAGUCCCAUUUACAGUGUGCGAGUGAUGGCCUGUAAAGCUUUGGUUGCCAUGACUCCCCCCUCAGAGUACAUGAACAUCCUCGUCGAACUGACGACUCAGCUGCCCGGUCCACGGGAGCGCUGCUGUCACAACCGGCUCCACGGACAGCUGCUGCAGAUAAAAGCUAUUCUAGGGAGAGCUCUGUGCAACGACAGUGCCCCUUCAUCUGCCCUGUCGGAGGUGCUGAGCAAGGUGGGUGCGUCGCUGUGGCUGGUGACCCAAGCUCAACGCUGCCCCCUAGUGAGAGCGGUCUACCUUGGAGUGGCAGACUUGCUGAGAAGAUUCUUCUGUGAGACUUACCUGUCUAAGCUCCAUGACGUACUCACGCGUGACCUCCAAACACCUCAGACAGGGCUUCAGGUUGGUUUGUCAUCCUUCCAUCAACAAGCCAUCCACUUUCUAUGUGCAGAUGUUGAGUGGGCAUGCCAAAUCUGGAACGGCUUCUCUGCAGCGAGCCCUGAUCUGAAGCUCUCUCUGCUUACGUGGGCGGCGGACAGGCAGGGUUUGCUGCAGACCAGUUUGAAAGAAGUGAUCCAGAGGGAGUUGCAGUCCAACCUGAGGGAGGCAUUGCUGAGCCACAGUGUGGAGUACCGCAGGACUUACCUCACAGCCCUGGGAGCAGUGUUGGCUGCAGAUUGUUCUACUUUGCUCCAGCGUCGUCCUCAGACGGCCCCACUGCAGGAGCCAGUUAUGCCUGAGUGUCUGGAUUUAUUGCUUGGGGACCUGGAGGACCAGCGAGGUGGGCCAGAGGGUCUGUCCCAGUCUCUGUGUGCCGCUAGUCUGCUGCUUUCCCAGUGGUCAGACUCCAGUCGAAAGAUUGCCAUGCUCCUGCGCUGGUGUAGCAUCUUGGAAUGCCAUCGGUGCCCAGACGCCCCCGAGGUGCUCAGGAUGGCGUGUGCCGACGCUCUGUGCGUGGCUGGAGUUCCCCUGAUGAGCCACAUCCCGAGAGAACGCGGCACUCUGCCUGCCAUCAUGUUGAGGUUGAUCAACACAGCCCUUUACUUGCUGCAGGACCAAAGCCAGCAGGUGAGAACAAAAGCAGGAUGUUUCACAUCCAUGCUGAGCCACGCAAGGCGAGGAGAAAGCCAGGGGAGCGUGUAUGUAAUGCAGGUCAACCAGGCUGUGCCGCUGCUGCUGGACCUGCUGCUGGAGGAAUGCUUCGACACUCCUGGCACACUGGAGGCGCUGCUGUGUCACCUGCCUCAGUCUGACCUCAGAUGUGUGCUGAGAGAGGCCUCCGAGACGGGGGGUUCCAGUUUGUAUGAGCAGGAUGAGGCCAAUGUGUUUGCAGAGCCGUCUGUGAUGUCAGCCCACGUGCUGCCUCACCUGCUGCGGUUGGCUGACAAAAGCUCUCAAUCUUCUGCCUUGGCACAGAGCCUGCGAGCAUGGGCAGAGCAGAGUGCUGCUCAGGUGUCAGACAGCCUUGCAGUGUGCAGAGACCUACAACCAGCGGAGGCGUUGACCCCGGCCUGGCUGGCUCUCCUCAUGGAACCCCGUUUCCACAGCACCCUGUGUAGCCUGUUCACCAAGGCGGCCUUCCUCCUGCAACUGUUGAAAACAUCCAACGAUGCACAAAGCCUCUGCGAUCCUUCUGUCCUGCACACGAGUUUACAGGAAGUUUUGAGUCGGCUCAGUCGAAACGGUGUCCACUUUCCCUCCGCUCUAACAGCUGCUCUGGCUGGAGGGCUGCCACUGUGACAGAAUGAGUGAAGCCCUUUGGCCGGUGUGGCCCUGGAUAAAAUGACUGCAGCUCAUGACAUCUACAUGUGCGGCUUCAGUCUUGAAUGAGUCCUGCAAGUGCUGAUGCUGCAGCACUCUAGUACUUGGUUUGGCUGACUGAGUUAUGCAAGAGAUGAGGCCAGUUGUUUCCAUCUUCAUAUCACCUACGCUGAGAAGAGACCCAAUGAGCUUCAUGUGUCGUGCAUUAGGACAGUGAAGCCAAACAGCUGUUCCGCAUAACCUCUGGGGUUUUGCUUCAAUGCUCAGAGUUUAAAAUACUACAUUUAAUGGAGCUUUAUUCAUUUUUAUUUUUAUUUUUUUUUAUGCAGAAGUACAGCCACUAGAAUAUCCCCAGGUCUGUCUUUAUGAUCCCCACCACCCCAAGCUUUAUGCUCAUUCUUACCCCAAGAGCAGUGCUCCUCUCCUCUGUUGCUGUAAGUUGUUUGCCAUGUCUCAGCGGCGGCGGCAGCAGCAGCAGGGCUCACACUGACGCAGUGAUGUCAUGUAACAGCAUCUGGAGAAAUGGGCUGCUUGGUGCCCAGCAGGGGAAUAUGGUUCAUGGUCUAAUGCUCCAUUAGAGGCCUUCUGCCUGGAUAAGUGUCCAUUUUCCAACCACACGAGGCCUGAAGAUGAUUGACUGGAUCUGAUAGAGAGCUGGCGGGUUGCUCCGCAACAGACGGCACACUCGGCCAGUCUGACAUCACCAGAUAAACCUCCUGCUUCUGUUUGAGGUGGGUGGCUCUCGGUACUGGAUAAACACUGACAUGGAAGAGAUUGCACAUGCAAUGAUUUGUCACGUUGGACAUUUAAUUAAAUGUACAUGGAAGUCUUUAUAGUUGUAUCCUCACUGUAACUUUGAUUUCCUUGGGAUAUGACUAUUGUUAGUGAUAAUUAAAGCAUCUGAAUAAUGUA